AAUUGCUGCACACUCUCCAUGUUUUUCUAAGUAUCCAUCAUCUUCCCUCUUCUCUCUCUCUCUCUGUCUCUCUGGAGCACCAUUUCCACCAUUUCAGAACCAUGUUGCCAAGGAGUCGUACACUUCCAUCCAGAAUCCACCAUGGCGCCGUAGAAGAGAGGCAUGACAUCAGGCACUACUUGCAAGUGGAGGUCCAGCCUAAAGCCCAGGCUGGGACUGAAGCCAUAAACCCUCAGUCCAACUACUCUAAGUGCUUCGAUGACGAUGGCCGCUUGAAGAGAACAGGGACUUUGUGGACUGCAACUGCACACAUUAUUACUGCAGUUAUUGGGUCAGGGGUGCUCUCAUUGGCAUGGGCCAUAGCUCAGCUUGGUUGGGUUGCAGGACCUGCCGUCAUGGUCCUCUUUGCCCUUGUCAACCUCUAUACUUCAGGCCUCCUAGCACAUUGCUAUAGGUCCGGUGACCCUAUUACUGGACAGAGAAAUUACACCUACAUGGAUGCUGUCAAGGCUAAUUUAGGAGGGAAAAAGGUCAUGUUAUGUGGGCUGAUUCAGUACAUAAAUCUGUUUGGCAUCGCCAUAGGGUAUACAAUUGCAGCAUCAGUCAGCAUGAUGGCAAUAAAGAGAUCAAACUGUUUCCAUAAGAGUGGUGGGAAAGAUCCGUGUCACAUGUCAAGCAAUGGGUACAUGAUAACAUUUGGAAUCAUAGAGGUGAUAUUUUCUCAGAUUCCGGACUUUGAUCAAGUAUGGUGGCUCUCUAUAGUCGCAGCAGUUAUGUCAUUCACAUACUCCAGUGUCGGUCUUGGUCUUGGCAUAGGCAAAGUUGCAGAAAGUGGGAGCUUCAAAGGAAGCCUAAUGGGCAUUAGUAUAGGGACAGAAACACAUGCUGGAACAGUCACUUCUAUGCAGAAGUUGUGGAGGAGUUUGCAAGCUCUUGGAGCUAUUGCCUUUGCAUAUUCUUUUUCCAUCAUCCUCAUUGAGAUUCAGGAUACAAUAAGAUCUCCUCCUGCAGAGCACAAGACCAUGAAGAAGGCUACUUUUUUCAGCAUCGCCAUCACCACAGUAUUCUAUUUACUCUGUGGAGCCAUGGGAUAUGCAGCCUUCGGUGAUGAUUCCCCCGGAAAUCUUUUAACCGGAUUCGGAUUCUACAACCCCUACUGGCUGCUAGACAUUGCCAAUGUAGCAAUUGUUGUCCAUCUCGUAGGCGCAUAUCAGGUCUUCUGCCAGCCUCUGUUUGCAUUUAUAGAAAAAUGGAGUGCAAGAAGGUGGCCAAAGAGUGACUUUGUGACAGCAGAAUAUGACAUACCAAUCCCCUUCGUUGGUCUUUACCAGCUGAACUUCUUCCGGCUAGUAUGGAGGACAAUCUUUGUUAUUAUGACGACCCUGAUAUCCAUGCUCUUGCCUUUCUUCAACGAUGUUGUUGGAAUACUUGGAGCCUUUGGAUUCUGGCCAUUGACAGUUUUCUUUCCCAUUGAGAUGUUCAUUGCGCAGAAGAAGAUUGCACGAUGGACGAGCAGGUGGGUUGGGCUUCAGAUAAUCAGUAUGACAUGCCUUCUCAUAUCUCUAGCCGCUGCGGUUGGCUCCUUUGCAGGAGUGGCUCUGGAUCUCAAGACUUACAAGCCAUUCAGAACUAGUUAUUAAGAAAAGAGUGAUCUGAUAUUGCCUUUUAUUUUGGGGUUCUAGUAAGGAAUAAAACCAAAACUAGCUUUCAAAACCCCACUGUACACUUACUGUGAAGUUGCAAGUAGAAAUCUUGUAUGUGCUGUGUUGCUAAGGGCACGGUGCUUGGCUACAGAGUUGGGAUUCUAAAUUCGAAUCAACCCUUCACUAUGAAAUUUCAAAAUUAUUUUCAUCCUCAA